GUGUUGCUGCGUAGCAAACUUUUACGCCCCACCUGUUUCCACCUGCGCUGCGUUAUCUCUUGUGCGACAGUUAAUUUGCGUAGGUCAUUUGUUUCGGGAGCAUGUUGCUUAAGUACUUGCGCUUCUCUGUUCACCACUAUGGCAUCUGCCGUGCGAAUUAUAGCUCAGCGACAAGACCAUCUGCAUUCGAUGGUGGCAAACAGUUUCCUCUCGAAGGAAUCCGAAUCCUUGAUCUGACGCGCAUCGUUGCCGGCCCGUACUGUACCAUGGUGCUGGGAGAUCUUGGCGCCGAGGUGUACAAGAUCGAGCGACCAUUUGAGGGUGAUGAAUCACGGAAAUGGGGUCCACCGUUCAUGCGCAAUUCGAAAGAUUCUGUGUACUUUAUGGCUGCGAAUCGCAACAAGAAGAGCGUAUGCGUGAAUUUGAAAACAGGUCGUGAGGUGAUCUACGAGCUUGCCAAGAAAUGCGAUGUGCUGGUGGAGAACUACGUACCCGGGAAGCUGGACGGGCUCGGGCUUGGUUACAAUGCGCUGAAAACAAUUGCCCCCUCGCUGGUGUACUGUUCGAUUACGGGCUUCGGAUCGGAGGGACCGUACAAAACCAAACCCGGAUACGAUGUCAUCGCUGCCUCGAUGGGUGGACUGCUUCACAUUACCGGAAAUGAGAAUGGACCACCAGCCAAAGUCGGUAUUGCUAUCACAGAUAUUGCAACGGGAUUGUAUGCGCACGGAGCAAUACUUGCGGCUCUUUUACAGCGAUACCGAACCGGACGGGGACAAAAGAUCGAUGUGAAUUUGUUUUCCACACAAGUCGCUUGCUUGAUUAAUGUUGCAAGCAAUUAUCUGAAUGCCGGAAAGGAAGCGAAACGCUGGGGUACGGCUCACGAAAGUAUUGUUCCGUAUGAGGCAUUUAAAACGAGCACGGGCUAUAUUACGCUCGGAUGUGGCAGUGAUGCCCAGUUUGUAUCACUCUGCCGUUUGCUGGGAAUGGAUGAGUUACUUCAGGACGAACGAUUUGCUAACAAUCAAACGCGUGUUAAACAUCGGAACGAGUUGAUUGCUAUACUAUCGGACAUCCUGCAGCGCAAAUCUUCCUCGGAAUGGAUGGAAAUUUUCGCAAACGCUUCGUUUCCUGUCGGUCCGAUUAACAGUAUGAAGGAAGUGUUUGAGGAUCGCCAUGUGCAGGCAAUUGGCAUGGUUAAGACUCUUCCCCAUCCGAUGGCGGGCGAAGUGAAACUUGUAGGCCCACCGGUAGUGUACGGGGAAGCCAAGAAUGAAAUUACAUCCAUUCCACCACAGCUCGGUCAGCAUACGGACGAGGUGCUUCGUAAUUUGCUUGGUUAUGGAGACGCCGAAAUGGAACGAUUGCGGGAUGCAAAAAUUAUACAAUAAACAGAUAAUCUUUUUUUUA